GUGCUAACCAUUAAGCCACUGUGCCACCCACGGGCACUGAUGAUCAGUGUAGCCCCAGCAGUGCCACCUGUCAGUGUCCAUCAAUGCCAGCAGUCAGUGCUCAUCAAUGCCAAAUGCCAGUGCCCAUCAGUGCUACAUCAAUGCCACACAUCAGUGCCUAUCAGUGCACAUCAAUGCCACAUAUCAGUGCCCAUCUGAGCUGCCUAUUAGUGUCACCUAUCAGUGCCAGUCAGUGCCACAUAUCAAUGCCAGUCAGUGCCAGUCAGUGCCACCUAUCAGUGCCAGUCAGUGCCUCCUAUCAGUGCCUGUCAGUGUCGCCUAUCAGUUCCACCUAACAGUACCAGGCAGUGCCACCUAACAGUGCCAGGCAGUGCCGCCUAUCAG